AUGCGUUCUUCGAUUGCUCUUCUGGCUGCUUCUGCCAUGGGUGCCUUUGCAGAGAGCACCUCGACCGUGUCGAUUUUCAUGGGCGGACAACCCAUCAGUGGACAAAAGUACGCUGGAUCGGUCGUUUCUGUGGGCCCCAGCGACACCGUCUACGAAAUCAUGUGCACGGCAACUGAUGUUUGCGGCACUUACUCGAUUCCCCAAACCAUCACGAUCGGCCCUUCGCACCUCAACUACCAGUUCGUCACCGAGACCAUGGGCCUCGAGGCCUCUGCCUCUGAGACUUGCCAGAUCAGUGGAACUGCUUCCGCUGUUUGCUCUGUUGUCUUUGACCUCGAAGUCGACGUCCCUGGCGUUACCUCUACACACACAUCCAUUGCGACCACCACGACCCUUACUGGUAGCGACUUGGCUGGCGUACCUGUGGCACUGACUGCUGGCGUCGAGAAAUUGUCUGCCGCUACACCUGNNCUUCUGGUUCCGGGUGCAUCUUCGACCAUGGCGAGUGGUAGAGGCGGUGAUGUUCUGGCAUGGGUCAUGUUCUCGGCCGUGUCAGUGUCAGUCGGUGCUCUCAUGAUUCUGUAA